AUGGGCGUUCGGUUAGGGCAACUCGCAACUCUAUCAUACCCAAUCGCGAACACCAAACGUCCUCACGAUGCCCCCUCGAGCGUAUCACCAGUCGCGAAUACCAAACCACUCGAUACCCACGUCUGCUCCACGCCCCUGAUCACGGACAAGAAGCCACUCGAUACAGAAGUGCCUGGCAAGCCAACAGCCAGAAGCAGCCACAUCUACAUCAACGGCAGCAUUUACGAGGGCGGUGGCCAGGUCAUCCGCAACGCCGUCACCCUAGCAGCCGUAACUUCCCACCCUCUCACGAUCCACUUGAUCCCCAUCAGACGACCUGGGCAGAAAAGCCUCAGAGACGCGCAUGUCGCUGCCAUUGAGUCUCAUGCAGAAGUAAACAACAGCAUCGUUGAAAGCGCAAAAAUCGGGUAG